AAGUAGAAAAUGGGUGAUGUCCGAACGUUCAGACACCAAGCCUCCACGUUGGACCUCGGACCACUAUACUUUUCUUCAUCGCCAUUAAUCAUAUGACUUUGUGCGCAUAAAUAUCAGAGAACACAUCUGCAUGCAUGGACAAAUAAAAGCUUGGAACAGACAUGACUGGACACGCCUAGACACUACCCGCAACCAAAUUUUUGACAAGGUAUAUUAAUAUCACGAGGAUACAUCCGCAAACAAAUUAAGGGUCAAAUUAGCCCAAGAUGAAUUGAAGAUGCUAUUUUUUUUGCAGGAAAAUGGAAGAUGCUAUUAAUCACACAUCUUUCAACAGCCACGCCCUACAAAAAAAAUGGCCGGAAUCUCACGGAAUCUUCCAACAAGUUUAACCGCUAGAUUUUAUUACAGCGAGCUGGGGACCAGCAAGACUAGAAUUCCCAUAUCAUCUCCACGCAAUCCUCAGGACCUCUCCCCUUCUCUUGUCCCGCAGUCGAAUGCACCAUGGUAGUAGAGCAGCUUGAGAGUCGGCGCAUAGGACCUUCCAUUGAUGCAAACGUGUACUAAGCUUGGCAAGGACGCGGUUUACAUUUUUCCAUUUGCGCCACUGGAAACAGAAAUCAUUUCUUUGUUUCCAUAUACUCCACCACAAGGAGGCAGCAAGUCGCCGGCCAAAUUCUGACACUGGAGAGGGGAGGCCGCGGGUGUGUGGAGGCGGUGCAGGUUCCAUUGUCGGGACGGCUGGUGGCGACAAGCGGGAGUGAAGGCGGAAGGAGCAGUCGGCGUUCAUGAGAAAGGAGAAGCAAAAAAAUUCCUUCGAAGUGGCAACGGAGCACUAGAAAUAAGAGAGUUGGCCGGGCUGUUUUUAAAGGAUCUACUAGAGAUGGUCUAAAUCAAGUCAUAACCAGUUAACCAAGAACCUUCUGUUUUGAUGCUUAUAUGUUUUAUAUUUCGCAGGUAGCAAUGGCGUCAACGCGUCCCAAACGACCCAGAAACCCCGCCGUGCUUCUACUAUUGGCAUUGCUGCAGCUCUCUUUGCGUGCUAGCAAAAUCAAUUGUGCAACUCUCCAUGACAACAACACCGACGCGCUCUGGCUCCAAGCUUUCAGGCAUGGGAUCAAAUCUGAUCCAUCCGGAUGGUUCAGCUCCUGGAACUCCAGCGCCAACCACUGUCUGUGGCCAGGAGUGAGAUGCAGUCGUAAGCAUCCAGGGCGCGUGGUGGCGCUUCAACUCUUUGGCCUAAACCUGACUGGCCGAAUCGGCUCCUCCAUUGGGAACCUUACGUUCCUCAGAACCCUGAACCUGUCCACAAACGGCUUCUCUGGCCGAUUACCUCCUCUGAACCAUCUGCAAAAGCUUCAAGUCUUUGACCUGAGCAGGAACCGGUUGCAUGAUAAUAUCCCAUAUGCAAUUGCCAACUGCUCCAGCUUAAGGGAAAUAGACCUCAGUAGGAACAUCCUAGUAGGCAAAAUUCCUCCAAAAGUAGCCCUCCUCUCCAAUCUCUCACUUUUGCGACUUUCCCGGAAUAAUCUCACCGGGACCAUCCCGCCAAGGCUCGGCAACAUCACUAGCAUGCGAAGACUUGCCCUUGCGUACAAUAAACUAACUGGAAGUAUUCCUGAUGAGCUUGGGAAACUGACAAAUAUUUGGUACCUGGCCCUAGGAGGAAAUAGGUUGUCAGGUGGAUUCCCAGGGUGUCUCUUCAACCUUUCUAAUUCCCUUCAAUACUUGAGCUUGGAGUUUAAUAUGCUAAGCAAGGAACUGCCUCCUAACAUAGGAGACGACCUACCAAAUCUCCAACUGCUUCUUUUGAAUGACAACAUAUUUGAAGGUCAAAUUCCGGCUUCACUAGGCAAUGCUAGAUGGCUGCAAAUUUUACAAUUAGGAAAUAACAAUUUAACAGGUACGAUUGGAGAAUGGAUUGGGAAGCUUACACGGUUACAGUAUCUUAGCCUCCAAGCGAACAGAUUCACUAAGACAUUGCCAUCAUCCCUUGGUCAGCUUACUCAACUGGACACGCUCAAUCUAGGAAACAAUAAAUUUGAAGGCCCUAUACCACCCGCCUUAGGUAACUUGCAACUACUCUCAUAUUUAGACCUUAGCCAGAACAAUCUUGAGGGCAACAUACCUAUUCAGCUUGGCAGCCUUACAUCACUUUACAAACUAGAUCUUUCGUCAAACAAGCUUACUGGGAAAUUUUCCUAAUACUCUGUCCAAAUAUCAGGACAUACACAAAACCUUGCAAUUGGCCAAAAACUUUGAGUACAAUCUGGGAGGAGAAUCAGUCGUCAGAACAAAUUGCUAGAUGUAAACAUGUGUAGAAACAGCAAGCUUGACAUGUAAUUUGUAUACACUCUAAGAUUGUUAUUGUUAUUGUACCAUUUCAUUUCGUUUGAGAGUAGUCUCAUAAGCAACACACAAUUAAGAAGCUGAGUGAGCUAGUGAGCUUGAUUAGCCACACUGGUUACUAGUUGGCCGUCUCUGCUCCUGCAGAAGCAGGGGGUUUAGGAGCUGCCAAUGAGUAAGAGCACAGCUGCAGCACGGGGAUCUGGUCAACGGCGAGCGUGGUCGGCGGGGAAAGGGCAAGAGCCGGCGUCGGUGCCCUGCAGCGGCACGCAUGGCGCCCGGCUGACGUCGGCCGACGCUCCCUCGAUGUCGAUGCAAUUCCACGACACCUUCCUCUCCUUGGUCAGCUCGGCGAUUACGUUGCCAUGCAGAUCCCCUUGAAGGGCACGCCCAGCUGGAUGCCCUGCAUCCUCGCCGCCUCCUUCCGGCCACCACGUCCUGGUAGCUGAUGUUCUUCAACACCGUCAUCGGGCCGGGUACGAGUUGUAGUCGCCGGUCAUCCAGAAGACGCGCUUCAAGCCGUCAAGCCUUGAUCAGCAUCUGACAUGUCCCACACGUACACGCCGUGCUCCACCGUCUUCUUGAUCAGCAUCGACGUGCCCACAGCCGCGUUGUCCUCGGCGCACACGCCCACGUCCUUGUAUACUUGUAUACUCUAUCAUUGUAUAGUUGUAUUUAGAGGGGUCACUUUGAGCAUAUAAGUAUGCGUGUACCCUAGAUGUAACCGGACCAAGAUCAGAGAAAAGCAAUAAAGAAAAGGUCAGGCUCGACUUGACUGUGGCUGGCUA